UUCGUUUUUUAUUCUAAUUUUCCGAAAAUACGUAUUCAUAAUUCAAUCUCUCGAAAGGAAAAUACAUGGAUUGUCUCGCAGAAUGGCCCGAACCGGUCGUCCCGGUUGAGUCCUUGGCUCACUUGCAAACCAUCCCGGACCGCUACGUCAAGCCGCCGGAAGAGCGCCCCAACUGCAUUGCCAGCGCCGGCGACGACGCCGCGGACGCCAUUCCAGUCGUGGACCUUGCCGCACUGACCGAGGAGCGCGUCGACGCUGCCAUAGCGGAGGCCGUCUCGGCGGCGUGCAGGGGGUGGGGCUUCUUCCAGGCGGUGAACCACGGGGUCGCGCCGGAACUGGUGCGGCGGUUCGCGGCCGCUUGGCGCGGCUUCUUCCGCCUCCCGGUCGAGGUUAAGCGGCGCUACGCCAACUCCCCGGCGACCUACGAGGGCUACGGAAGCCGGCUCGGUGUUGACCGAGAGGCGGCGCUCGAUUGGAGCGACUACUACUUCCUCCACCUCCUCCCUUGCCUGCUCAAGGACCACCGCAAGUGGCCGCAACUCCCACACGAGUUAAGCGAGGUGACGGAGGAGUACGGGGCGGAGAUGCGGCGGCUGUGCCGGAGGCUGAUGAGGGCGCUGUCGGUCGGGCUCGGACUGCUGGAGGGCCGCCUUGCAGCGGCCUUCGGCGGAGAAGAGGAAGAAGAGGGAGCAUGCAUGCGCAUCAACUUCUACCCCAAGUGCCCGCAGCCGGAGCUGGCCCUCGGCUUGUCGCCGCACUCCGAUCCCGGCGGCCUCACGGUGCUCCUCCCCGACCACCACGCCAAGGGACUUCAAGUCCGCCGCCCCGGAGACGGCGCCUGGGUCACCGUCCGCCCGCUCCCCGACGCCUUGGUCGUCAACGUCGCCGACCAGAUCCAAAUAUUGAGCAAUGCGCGAUACAAGAGCGUGGAGCACAGGGUGGCGGUGAACGGCGAGAAAGAGCGCAUGUCGGCGGCCUACUUCUACAACCCCAGGAGCGACGUGCCCGUCCAACCGCUUCCGGAGCUCGUGGAGGCCAGCGGCGGGGCGGCGCUCUACCAGCCGAUGACCUUCGAUGAGUACCGGCUGUACAUUCGGCAGAAGGGGCCACAGGGCAAGUCCCAACUAAGUGAACUCUAUCAAAACAAAGUUCAUAUUAAUUCAGCAAUUGACCAAGGGCAGUGAAAAUUUUAAAAUACCUACCUUAUUUUCUAAUUUUCCAAAUAAUGUAAUUUUGUCUCUCUGGAUAAUCAAAGUGACGUUGCAUUUGAAGAACUGUAUCACUAUGGUGUUCACUAUAAA